ACCAGCAGGAGCGUGAGGAGACCUGAAAGUGGCACAUGGCAGAGUGGGAGCAAUGGGAGGCGGUACAGGGACCCAGGUCACACUGUGGGCCCAGCAGCAGCGUGACCAGGCGGUACGGGGGCCCAUGGCCGAUAUGGGGCUUGGUGGCACCUAUGGAAGGCCUGUAAUCUGCCAGCGACCUAUGACAAAAUGGACAACCGCAGGAGUGUGAGGAGAUUUCAAAGUGGCACAUGGCAGAGUGGAAGCAAUGGGAGGCCGUACAGGGACCCAGGUCACACUGUGGGCUCAGCAGCAGCCAUGAGGAGUCGGUACGGGGGCCCAUGGCAGAUUAUACAUGUCUGGCAGCAGCAAUGGGAGGCCCGUAUUCUAAAUCUGCCAGCACCCUAUGUCAAAAAAUUUAACACACCAGCAGUGUGAAGAGACCUGAAAGUGGCACAU